AUGAGUGCCUUGCUACCCCUGGUGCCGAAGAUACUACAUCCCUCUAUCCGAUCGUCUCGAUACUACGCAGAGAACUCGCAGGCACUGGUCAUACAGGCGGAUGAGAGCCGCAAACAGUCGCAGAACCUCAAUGCCUGCUUCGACAAGCUGACUAGUAUGAUAGCAGAGGCCGGAAGGGCUGCUGUGCCCGGGGAAACCUCGCCUGAGCAGAAAAAGAAGGUCCAGAAGUUGUGCGUUGUUGAUACCGAGAAGACUACGAAGGUUAUCAAAAAGACUACGGCUAACAGAUAUUACAGACAGAAAGCCGCAAAUGAGGCGAGGAUACGGAUGAAAAAGGCACACAGCAACAAGAAGAGCAGCAGAAAAGGCAGAUCAGACGAGUGA